CAUAAGAGAAAUUAAUCACAUGCCUAAAGCCAAAAGAAAUAAAAAAUUAAAUUUUACGUUAUUGAAAUUGUGCUACACCUAAUUUGUUUUAGAAAGAACAACAACAUCAACAACAAAAACCACAAAAAUGUUCUCGUCAUUCUUUCAAACUGCCAAAAAUUCACCAUUCCGGACGCCUUUCAACCGCGUCCAGUGCGAUGAUGGCCAGUCGGCUGUGAUGGGCUCGUUGACUCCGUCAGCUGUUGGCAGCCAACCGGCUCCUGUGGUUGGACGCGAAAUUGCCGCCGCUUCUGCUGCUGUAUCAUCGACUGAUUCCUGUGAGUUUGGCAGCUCCAAAUAUUUUGCAUUGUGCGGCAUUGGUGGCAUUUUGAGUUGCGGCACAACGCACACCUUUGUGGUGCCAUUGGAUUUGGUCAAGUGUCGUCUGCAGGUCGAUCAGGCCAAGUAUAAGAAUUUAUUCCAUGGCUUCAAAGUCACCGUGGCCGAGGAGGGCGCACGUGGUCUGGCCAAGGGCUGGUUCCCCACCUUUAUCGGUUACUCGCUGCAGGGCCUGUGCAAGUUCGGUUUCUACGAAGUGUUCAAGGUAAAGUACGCUGAUAUUCUUGGCGAGGAGAAUGCGUAUCUGUAUCGCACCUAUGUGUAUCUGGCUGCUUCCGCAUCGGCUGAGGUCUUUGCCGAUAUUGCACUGUCGCCAUUUGAGGCGGCCAAGGUUAAGAUUCAGACGGUGCCCGGCUUUGCCGGCACAUUCCGUGAGGCUGUGCCCAAGAUGAUGAAGGAAGAGGGCAUUAAGGCCUUCUACAAGGGUUUGGUGCCAUUGUGGAUGCGUCAAAUCCCAUACACCAUGAUGAAGUUCGCUUGCUUCGAGCGUACCGUCGAACUGCUCUACAAGUAUGUGGUGCCCAAGCCACGAAGUGACUGCUCUAAGAGCGAGCAGCUGGUUGUUACCUUUGCCGCUGGUUAUAUUGCUGGCGUCUUCUGUGCCGUUGUCUCACAUCCCGCCGAUGUGGUCGUCUCCAAGCUGAACCAGAGCAAGGGCGCCUCCGCGGUGAGCGUUGCCAAGUCAUUGGGCUUUAUGGGCAUGUGGAAUGGUUUGAUGCCACGUAUCAUUAUGAUUGGUACGCUUACGGCUCUGCAAUGGUUCAUCUAUGAUGGUGUUAAGGUCGCAUUGGGCAUUCCCCGCCCACCACCACCAGAGAUGCCCGCCAGCCUGAAGGCCAAGCAAAAUAUGUAAAUAAGUGGUUCAGAAAACAGUACACCCAAAAAUACAACUGGAAAAUAUCUCCAUUAAGUCUAAAUUAGAGUAAAGAUCAGGCAAUUAGCAAAGAAACGAGGCGGCAAACAAUAUUUAGUGGCAUGAACGAGCUGACGAUACGAACAUCCCUUAUUUUACUGUCCAACAUCUAUAUUUUGUUCAAUCUAUAUCUAUAUCUGUAUCUGUAUCUAUGAGCAUUUUAGCCAUUCCACAAUUACUAUUUAUGCAUUUUCACAAAACUGCUCUGCAAAACUAUAUUCUACAUUCGAAUUGCUGUAUUAAGCUAUACUACUAAACUUUAAAUAUUCCAUUCUAAUAUUGUUUGUGUGUAUUUUUAGUCAACAUACAAUAUGUUGUUUUCCCUACCUCAACGAUAUAUGUAUGUGUUGAAUUGAUGGGUAUGAGAACUUGAUAUUAUGUAACAGAUAUGAUGCGCUACUUGAAUGCCACUUAGAGUAUUUCCCAGAACCUCUGAAUAAACUAAAUUAUAUAAAAAAAAAACAACCUAA